AGAAGUAUUCCUUCUCAUUUUGUACAUGUAUUAUGAACUAUUAUAGGCUUUUCUUCUUACCUUAUGGAUUGUAGAGUUAUUAGGAUACAUUUUGACUUCUUAAUCCCUAUUUUCUGACUUAUAAUGAACUUUUUAGCCUACUGAUCAUCAUAAUGUAGUGGUACUGUGUUUAUAUACCAUUAAAUUUGCUAUUAUGGCCGGAUUCUUAUAGCGUAUUUUCUGCUGUUUCGCACAUCAUAACACAGUUUUUCACACGAUAAGACUACUAAUCAUCAUCAUAUACUUUCUAGCGUAUUGUCCACUGUCACGACACAUAACAGAACCUACAAAACUCCACGUAACCUAGAUUUAAUGGCGUGGUCUGUGCUACACCAGUUAGCACGUUAUAUAUUUUUUGCUCUUUUUUCCCACACGCUAGAUUUAUCGAACUGUAUCGCGCAUUCUGUACAAUUUAGGACCAAAAUGCAGCAAGUAAACAUUGCCUUCAUCCUUAUCCUACAUACUUACUGGCCUACAGAACUUGGAUCUUUUCUCACACACGAUUUUAAGACUCACUUCCUGUAUAGGAACGUUAUCCAGAGAGAUAAGUCUUCGUUGUCGAUAACAUCUUAUCUUACAUACAAUAACAAGUUAGAAACAGAACAAUCGAGGAAGACCUUCCCCCUUUUUUUUUCCUCCUAAAUAUUCACUGACUACACAAUUCCUGAGCGAUGUCUAAGCUUUCUAUAUAUACAAUCCUUCUAACGUUUCAGUAGCAUUAUGACAGCUUUAAAACUCUGAUUCGGACGCGUACAGGCCGAAAUUUGUAGAGUUUUUUUGCUCUCUAUUCUAGUUUUAUAUCCCCACUGCGCUCCGUUCUAGUAACUAGCUAAAGAUCGAGACUUGGCGCCCUUCCGUCUGCUCUUCUUCACUCUACAUUGUCAUUUGGAAUCAAUAGUAUAGAAGAGGAAGUGUAGAGAGGACGAACAAAGUAGCUGUUAAGCUAUGAGGGAUCUGGACGAGGCGGAGGCCCGGUUGGCUGCCAGGAGGUUGGCUAGAGCCGAGGCUCGGGAAAUUCGGAUGAAAGAGCUGGAAAAGCAGCAGAAGGAGGCUGAUGAGCAGAGCGAUCGUCAUUAUGAGUUACUUAGCGACUCUAGCAGAAACAUUAAAGGAGGGAGAGAGAUGGGCCGGUCAUCGUCUAUAGUUUCCGGAACCUCAUCGUAUAGCAGUUCACGCAGAAGUAGUGAAGAUUUAACAGACAGCAUAGAUGGGAGGGAUAUAAAGUAUCAUUUGAAUGAUCUAGAAGACAAAUAUCGUAGGGCCAUGAUCAACAAUGCUCAGUUGGAUAAUGAAAAAUCCUCUCUUUUGUUUAAUGUUGAUACGUUGAAAGACGAAGUAGAGGAAAUGGAAGAAAAUUUAAUUCAGCUGCAGCGAGAUCAUCGAACAAAGUUGAAAGAUUUUGAUCAUUUAAAUAGAGAUUUUAAAAGGAUAAGAGAAGAAAAUGAAUUAUUAAAAGAAAAUGUCAAACUAAGAGAUGAUCUGAUAAAGGAACACGGUUUACUGAUGGUUGGUGAUGAAGCAGAAAUGGUUAACGGUGAAGCAAAUGGUAUAAGUCCCCGAAGCACACCUGAAAAAGUUGUCGUAAAACCGGGAAGGGCCUCUCUGGUGUCACAAGAAGCAGCGGAUAUUUUAGAACAGGCUGGAGAGGGCACUCUCGAUUACAGAUUAAAGAAAUUUGCUGAAGAAAAACAGGAUUUACUUGAUGCAAUCUACAGGUUGCGACUGGAACUAGAAGAAGAAAGGCAGAAAACUGCAAAGAUGGAAGCAGUAUCGCUUAUUCACGGACCACAGGUUAAUGGACCCGAGAUGAGAAUUUUAGAAGUACAAAGAGAAGCCAACAAAGUAAUAGGUGAAUAUAAAUUUAAAUUGAAAAAAGCAGAGCAAGAUGUUACAACUCUUCAAAGUACUGUAACUAGGUUAGAAAAUCAAGUAACCAGGUAUAAAACUUCGACAGAAAAUGCAGAAAUUGUAGAAGAUGAACUAAAGGCUGAAAAGCGUAAAGUUUUAAGAGAGUUACGUGAAGCACAAACCAGGAUCGAAGAACUAGAAACUGCAAAUGCUCAUCUGCAGAAGAGGAUAGACAAAUUGAAGACUGCAAGGAAUGCUCUGAUCAAAAGCUAAUGCAACUCAGGGUACAUGUGGCAAUUCGUAAAUGUUUGCAAGGUCGCUGGUGGCGAGCAAUAUUGUUAAUCUGUUUCGCGGAAACAGCACGUGGUGCUAAUGUAUGCAACACAGUCAUUAGCUUUUUGAACGGUUAAAUACCGAAGUGCAAGUUUUGUUAUAAUCUGAUGACAUUGCUGCUUUUAACUUUCCUUCCAGAUUUCCAUAGAAGAAUGUGAUUUUGUUAUAUUACCACAUAUACGACGUGCCAUUUAUUUCUUCCAUGAGUUAGGAAGGGCUUCCAUAGAGCUUAGAAGAAUAAUGAAGUUUUUGUUGUGAUUUUUUUUUUUCCUCAAAGAAUUUGCUCUGUAGACCAGAGAUUGUUUGGAAGCCUUUUUUUAGGUUUUCAUUAGUUUUAUUAUUUAAAAUUUUGCAAAAACAAAAAGAAUUAAACAGCUCCGGGCUGUUACAUUGGACAACUAAUCUUGUUUAGGCUCAUGUAAUUCUACAGAAACCAAUGGACAAUUUAAUUUAUUAUUUCCGAGAGACAAUCUUCACCUAGCGUGCCUGUGUCUGCAUUCAGGCCUCAAAAUUUUAUAAUUAAUGUAUUUCCUACUGUUUGCAAAGAUGUUCCUGUCAUUUGUAAAAGACAAGGAAUAAAAAAGAAUUAUGAGAUCAACUAGUAUUUCUCUACAAAUAAACAAUUUCUUUUUUCUUCAUCACA